CCACCCCCAUCCCGCCGCCUCCUCAUCUUCCAAGAGGCGCGCCACCCCCAAACAGCCGAGGUCGUGUACUUGCCCGUGAACAAACUGGGCCUCCCCAUCUGCGGUGAUGGACCGGACCUACCCUCCAUUCUGGAAUUGCCGCUGCGGAUUCUGAAGGCGUUUACGGAGAUUUUCAACCAGCCUAAGUAUAAGGGAUGGGCUAUUGUGGCUGCGGGGCCGUAUCAUGAUACCUCGGAGGAAGGGAAAUAUUAUGCUGUUGUGUUGGAGCAG